AUGGGCACCUCACAAAGCCGAACGAGUAGUGAAGGUAGCAGCAGCAAAACCAUCGACCGCCUUAAACGGUACUCACGCGCCGACCUAAAGUCGCCCCUGAAGGCGGCAUUCGGCCGACAUAAAGGAGGAGCAGGCGAGAACGGAACGUCGGAUGGUGCGACGACGACGAGUGACUAUGAGACGCCAAUAUAUGAAGCCAAACCACAGCAGCAUCCCCAACAAACACCUUUGCCCCAGACAGCAUCCAUGCCUGCUACAGUUCCGUGUCAGAUCUCGUUCUCAUCGUUCUGCUCGCUCGCACCUCGCCAGUACCGCACCGGAAAGACGCUCGGGAGCGGCACCUAUGCCAUUGUGAAGGAGGCGAUUCAUGUCGAGACUGGGAAAUACUUUGCUUGCAAGGUCAUCAACAAAAGGCUUAUGGAAGGACGCGAACAUAUGGUUCGCAACGAGAUCGCCGUGCUAAAGCGCGUGUCCAGUGGACAUCGGAACAUCGUCACCCUUCACGACUACUUUGAAACUGCCCACAAUCUCUACCUCUGUUUCGACUUGUGUACCGGCGGAGAACUAUUUGACCGAAUUUGCGCCAAGGGAAACUACUACGAAGCCGACGCCGCCUCCCUCAUUCGCACCAUCUUCAUCGCUGUUCGCUAUAUCCAUGACUCUGGCAUCGUGCAUCGAGAUCUCAAGCCGGAAAAUUUGCUAUUCCGCACGCCUGCUGAAGAGGCCGACAUUAUGAUUGCUGAUUUUGGGCUGAGCAGAAUAAUGGAGGAAGAGAAAUUGAAUCAAUUGACUGAGAUAUGCGGAACACCAGGGUACAUGGCCCCUGAGAUCUUCAAAAAGACUGGCCACGGAAAACCCGUCGAUGUGUGGGCAAUGGGAGUCAUUACCUAUUUCCUACUUGCGGGAUACACGCCAUUUGAUCGCGACAAUCAACAACAAGAGAUGGAAGCCAUCAUCGCCGGAGACUACAAGUUUGAACCGGAAGAGUACUGGCAGAACGUAUCUGAAACCGCAAAAGACUUUGUCAGAACGUGUUUGACCGUCGACCCUCUGAAACGACCAACAGCAGCUGAAGCCUUGCAGCACAAGUGGCUUGCUGAUGACAAACCUCACUUUGUACCUGAUCCUACGCGUGAAGACGGUGGUCCCGCUGAUCUCCUGCCUAAUGUCAAGAAAGCGUUUAAUGCCAAGCAGCUCUGGCGCAAAGCUACCUCUACUAUCAAAGCUGUGAACAGAAUGGCCCUGCUUGCACAUGCUGACACCGGUAUUGCGCAGAUGAGAGAAAACCUUGACAAAUACAAGGAAGAGUCGCGAAGAGAAAACCUUGAGACGGUGGAUAUCACCUAUCAGGCAGGAACUGUGCAUAAAGAUUCUUCCACCAAGGAUAGCGAGGAUCUCUCAAAUAAGAUGGCCAGAAUAUAUUUUUGUUUCGUGUCGCAACUUACUAUCAAUCGCGCUUAUAAGUUGCCGGGCCGACGGCGGUAUGGGUCAAUACCAGGCUCUCCUCCUAAAAGAAACGAGGUCAAUAUCGUGGAAGUUGGCCCCAGAGAUGGGUUGCAGAACGAGAAGGGCGCUAUCAUACCUGUUGACGUCAAGAUAGACUUGAUCAACAGACUGGCUCGCGCUGGGGUUACGAAUGUCGAAGCUGGCAGCUUCGUCAGUCCGAAAUGGGUGCCGCAGAUGGCAGGAACGCCGGAUGUGCUCAAGGGGAUCGAUAGGCUCCCGAAUGUGCAUUAUGCCGUCCUUGUCCCGAAUCAGAAGGGGCUGGAAGAUCUUUUGGCGUUGUUGGAGCAGAAUCCGGCGUCUCCUCCGUUGACGGAUGAGGUCUCGGUCUUUACGGGCGCGACGGACGCGUUUUCGAAGGCGAAUACGAAUUGUACUGUUGCGGAAUCGCUGGAACGGUUGAGGGUCGUGACGAGGACGGCGCUUGAUCGCGGCUUGAGGGUGAGGGGGUAUGUGAGUGUGGUGAUUGUGUGCCCGUUCUCGGGAAGGGUGGAUUAUAGGCGGGUUAGGGAGGUCGCGAAGGAGUUGAUUGAUAUGGGGUGUUAUGAGGUUAGCCUUGGGGAUACAGUGGGUCAGGGAAGGCCGCAUGAUAUCGCGGAGAUGCUGGAAGAGGUUAAGAAGGACAUUCCGGUGUCCAAGUUGGCAUUCCAUGAUACAUAUGGUACUGCUGUAGCCAACAUCUUUGCGGCUCUUGAACACGGCGUCCGUACGUUCGACUCCUCCGUGGGUGGACUUGGAGGAUGUCCCUACUCCCCCGGUGCUACAGGAAAUGUUGCGACCGAGGACGUGCUUUACGCGCUUCAGGAGUCAAAGUACCAUGUUGUUGGCUCAUCAUACGGUGGUGGGACCAUUGAUCUGGAGAAGAUAUCGGAUAUUGGAUGGUGGAUCAGCGAAAGAUUGGGUCGCGAAAAUAUCAGUCGGGUCAGCAGGGCUAUCCGAGCACGGAGAAAGAGAGAGGAAGAGAAACGUUUGAAGAGUAAAUUGUAA